AUGUCGGAGUACAUGAGCACUCUCACAGCUCUGCACGAGACAGCGGCAAAGGGAGGCCCGGAGAAGGCAAGAGAGAAACAUGUAGACCGCGGGAAGCUGCUGGUGCGGGAUCGCAUUACGGCCUUGGUAGAUCCCGGUACGAGCUUUAUGGAGCUGAGUGCUCUGGCGGGACAUGAUAUGUAUCCUGGUGAGGAUGUGCCGGCUGGUGGCAUCGUGACGGGCAUUGGGACAGUCGAGGGUGUGAUGUGUAUGAUACUGGGAAACGAUAGCACGUAUGUCGAAUUCAUUCUUCCCACGAGCCGUGUUACUGAUUUUUUCUCGAAGCGUCAAGGGCGGCUCAUACUACCCCGUAACCAUCAAGAAACAUCUCCGAGCACAGGAGAUCGCCCAACAAAACCGUUUACCGUGCAUAUAUCUUGUCGACUCUGGGGGUGCCAACCUUCCUAAACAAGCCGAUGUGUUUCCGGAUAGAGAUCACUUUGGACGGAUAUUCUACAAUCAGGCUAACAUGAGCAGCAUGGGCAUUCCCCAGAUCAGUGUGGUGCUGGGUUCAUGCACAGCGGGCGGAGCAUAUGUGCCGAGCAUGAGUGACGAGAGCAUCAUCGUUCAAGAACAGGGCACUAUCUUCCUCGCAGGACCACCGCUUGUCAAAGCCGCAACAGGAGAGGAAGUCAGCGCUGAAGAGCUAGGGGGCGGUAAGCUUCAUUCGGAAGUAUCUGGCGUAACAGACUACCUCGCAGUAGACGACGCACAUGCCCUUGUCCUGGCCAGGAGAUGCAUCUCCAACCUCAACUAUCCGACAACACAGAACCCAUCCCGGAAACAGGACUGGAAAGAACCCCUCUAUCCCAUCGAGGAACUCGGCGGCAUCGUCGGUACGAAUCUCAAGCAGACAAUCAAUAUGCACGAAGUCAUAGCCCGCGUCGUCGAUGGCAGCGAAUUCUCCGAAUUCAAGCCCGGCUAUGGGACUUCUCUCCUCACCGGGUUCGCCACCAUCUACGGCCAUCCCGUCGGCAUCCUCGCAAACAACGGCAUCCUCUUCAGCGAGAGCAGUCUGAAAGGCGCCCACUUCAUCCAGCUGUGCUGCCAGCGAAACAUCCCGCUCAUCUUCCUCCAGAACAUCUCCGGCUUCAUGGUCGGGCAGGACGCAGAGAAAGGCGGAAUCGCAAAGAAUGGAGCGAAAUUGGUGACGGCAGUUGCUUGCGCUCGUGUUCCCAAAUUCACCGUUCUCGUAGGGUCCUCCGCUGGAGCCGGAAAUUACGGCAUGUGCGGACGGGCAUAUUCUCCUCGGUUGUUGUGGAGCUGGCCCUCUGCGAAGACAAGCGUCAUGGGCGCGGAGCAGUUGAGCAGUGUCAUGGAGGCUGUGGGCAAGAAGGUUGAUCCGGAAUUGAAAGCUCGGAUUGAACGAGAGAGUGAAGUCACGUUCGGCACGGCGAGGCUGUGGGACGAUGGGGUGAUUCCGCCGGAGCAUACUAGACGUGUGCUCGGCAUGGGCCUGCAAGUGGCGAUGACGGGUAGUGUGGAGAAGGAAGAGACGAAGUUCGGUGUUUUCAGGAUGUGA